UUCUUCAAUCUUCUAAUCGUCUACUGAUAAUUCUGCGAUGGCCACCGAGCUCUCAAACAUUCUGCCUCGUGUCCUCAUCGUAUCCAGGCGUACGGUUCGCAAGAACAAGUUCGUCGACUUCGUAGGAGAGUACCAUCUCGAUCUUAUAGUAAGCUAUGGGGCUGUACCGGUGAUUUUACCCCGGGUGACGGGGGUGCACAUGCUGUUAGAGAGUUUUGAGCCGAUUCAUGGAGUUCUUCUCUGUGAGGGGGAAGAUAUUGAUCCAUCACUGUAUGAAGAAGAAGCAUCAGGUUUAACGCCAGAAGAAUUGGACGAAAUCCGGAGGGUGCACGCCAGCGAUACUUCCGUAGACAAAGAAAAAGACAACAUAGAAAUGAGGCUAGCCAAACUUUGCCUGGAGAGGAACAUUCCUUACUUGGGAAUAUGCAGGGGUUCACAAGUCCUGAAUGUUGCAUGUGGGGGUACCCUUUAUUUAGAUGUGGGGAAAGAAUUAACUAAUAAGGUUCCUGAAGAUCUGAGGGUAAUGCACAUGGAUUAUGAUAAUUAUGAUGGGCACAGACAUGCUGUGAAGGUUGUGGAGAAUACUCCUUUGAGUCGUUGGUUUAAGGACUCUUUGGAGGAAGGGAAAAUGGAGCUCUGGGUGAAUAGUUAUCAUCACCAGGGAGUUAAGAGGUUAGCUGAGCGUUUUGUUCCAAUGGCAUUUGCUCCUGAUGGUUUGAUUGAAGGGUUUUAUGAUCCUGAUGCUUAUAAUCCUGAGGAGGGUAAAUUCAUAAUGGGGCUCCAAUUUCAUCCCGAGAGAAUGAGGCAACCUGAUUCGGAUGAAUUCAAUUAUCCUGGAUGCCCUUUUGCUUAUCAGGAGUUUGUGAAGGCAGUUGUUGCUUAUCAGAAGAAGCUCAAUAGUGCAACAAAUGUACCGAGACCUGUAAAGCUUGAUCAAGAAAUGGAGAAGAAAAGAAAAUCCAUCGUUAGAAGCUUCUCAAUUGCAAGAAUAAUAUAUAAAGGGGGACGUGAUAUGCAUCUAUCAAAAGAAUCUGAACUUGAAGUCGGAGCAGAAUUCCUUGAGUCGAACACAGCUUUGACUUUGGAGCAGGAGAGUAGAUUGAAACAAAUGGGGGCAACCGUGAGGAACUCAUCUUCCUUCUUAGCUAGAUUAAGGUUAAACGAAGAAAGAGAGGCAUUAGCAAGGAAAGUGAUGGGAAACAUGUCGGUAGAACAGUUAUCUGAUCUAAUGUCCUUCUACCACAUGAUGGGGCAGAUAUGUUCAGAAGUCUUGGAGAAAAAACUUCAUGGCAUGGUCAAUGAUCUUGCCUCUUAAACUUAUCUGCACGCCUUUUCAUUUGGUUGGGUGAUAAUUUGCUCCAUUGUCAACCUUUUCAUGUACCUGUCUCUGUUAAAGAAUCACGAGAAAUUUGCUCAGUGAG